AUGUUCGGAAGAAAGCCAAUCCUGCCAUCAGUAGCAAACAUUCAACCACCGGCAAUGAAGUCACACAAUGCAGAAACUUGGAUUGCUUACUUGAACCAUUAUCUACCGGUGUUGCAAGGACAAAUCAAAGCCAAUAUACAAAAGGCGCAAUUGCGGCAAAAGAGAUACUACGACCAG